GGAGAACAAAGCAGACGAACCAACUAACAAAAACAGCUGACAGGCCAUCAAGAUUACCCUUUCCUUUGCCCCGUUUUCCAGGCGACGCGCUGCAACAGGAACCUAUUCUUAGAUGGCCAGACGCACCACCUAAGGACAUGUACAAAUCCAUGCUGCGCACCGUCUCCCUCCAGGCCAGAUCCAUCAGCAAAAUCGGAAGUGGCAAGCGCAAACAGAAAACGGGGAAGGAAGAGAUGGAAACCCGCUACGACUUCAACAGGCGGUGGAUGCAGCUCCGCAAUGUGGGAUCUAGCGUAAGGAGGAGCUCCGCGCCGUUGCCGUCAACUUUCAAGGUGGUCUCGUACAAUAUCCUGGCCCAAGACCUGCUGCUGGAGCACCUCUACCUCUACAUGGGCAUCCAGCAAGAGUGGCUCACUUGGCGCCGUCGACAACAGAACCUUCAGCGAGAGAUCCUGAAACUGGACCCGGACAUCCUGUGCCUGCAAGAGAUGCAGUACGACCACCUGUCGCUACUUAUCCAGGGACUGCGCAUGGGCAACGGCCGAAAGCUGGAAUACGUGUACAAAAAGAAGACCGGACACCGGACGGACGGAUGUGCCAUCGUCUACGAUUCGUCCAAGUUCCAGUUGCUGGAUCAGCGGGCUGUGGAGCUUCACGACCACCAUGUGGCUUUACUGAAUCGUGAAAAUGUAGCGCUGUUCGCUAAGUUUCGCUUCAAACUGGAUCCGGAUCCCUGCAAGGAAUUCGUCAUUGCCACCACCCACUUGCUGUACAACCCGAAACGGAACGAUGUCCGCUGCGCCCAAGUGAACAGGAUGUUGGAAGAACUCAACACCUUCUCGGAGAAGGCCCCGGUUGUCCUAACUGGCGACUUCAACAGCUUGGUUAACUCCCCCGCCAUCGAAAAGCUGCUCGGGCAACAAGGGCAGGGGCAAGAAAGGGCGGAAACGGAAACGGACCACUCCCCGAUGCGUUUUGAACUUGUCCACCCUGGCGAGGGUACUGCCUCCACCUACCAGGACGACUGGAUCACCGUCGACUACAUCCUACGCUCGAUCAGCUCGCGCAGCACCUACAAGCUCCUACCUGUCAGCAUUUACAACCUGCCUUCCAUCAACCGUUGCAGCAGCGUGGGUCCCAUCCCCAAUCACUAUCUCGGGUCGGACCACUACGCCCUGGGCGCAGUGUUUACCGUAGUCUAGUAUUAGAACCUAUCCCUAACCCGGACUCAUCAAUAAAAUAUGUCAACUCA